UGACGUCCUCUCUCUCUCUCUCACUCUCUCUCUCGAACGUCCUCCCUCUCUCUCUCUCUCUCUCUCUCUCUCUUGAUAAUCUGAUAAUUGGGUGAAACCUAAUAUUGCAGAGGUCCGCAACGGCACCAUUGGCACCAUCAUAAACCACCGCAAACAACUAUCGUUGCCACAAUCGACCUCAAUGGUUGCUACAAAUCAGCACCUUCAACCGAAACGACACCAUACCAACGCCUUUUUAUUUUAUAGUCAUGAACAGUUGAAGUACAAUAAAGAAGGAAACCAUCGACUAAACAAGGGGGUCAUGAAGAAUAUUGGGGAUAGGUGGAAGUUGGUUUCACAGGAUGAGAAACAGAAGUUCUUGGAUAUGGAACAGAUGAGCUUAGCGCAAUAUUUUUUAGACAAGGCUGAACUACCAAAAAAAGCUCGACAGAGGAGAAUCCAAACAAGAAUUUCUCUGGGAUCAAUUGUGCUAAUAGUCAAUAAAUUGAACGAACAACAACGACAGGCGGUGAGUGAAAUUGGAUUGGGAGGUUUGUUGGGGAUAGGAUGCACACGACUAAAUCUUGAGUUGUGCAAAUUCCUUGUUCAUAACUUCAAUCCCAAAUCUUGUUCUUUGGAUGUACAUGAUCAUCAAUUUAACCUCACAUUGAAAGACGUUAGUGAUAUAUUGGGAGUAUGAUCCAAUGGCUGUGACAUUGACGAUCGGGGAUCUCUUGAAGGAAUGGAGAGUUUGCAUGAAAGUGUUGGAGUGGUCAAUGGGGUAAUUCCUUUGGAUGGAUUAAGAAAGUAUUUCGAAGACGAAAAGACCGUUGAUGCUGGUGAUGAGUUCAAGCAGAAAUUCGCUUUAUAUGCAUUAGGUGCACUUUUAUGCCCAACCACGAAGGUAUCCCUGAAUGUUUCUUCCCUUCAUUUCGUGAAGGAUGUUGAAGUCAUGAAAAAUUGCAAUUGGGGAAACUUAACAUUGCACUCCCUAGUCAGCGGCAUCAAAAUUUACCAAGACGAAAAAAGGGUUAAUAUCAGUGGAUGUUUGUUUCUCCUAUUGUUGUUUUACUUGGAUAAUGUUUAUCCAACUUUCGAGGGCACGUAUGCUACUACGCGAUCGAUUCCUCACCUGAAUGAUUGGGGUGAUUCACAACUCAAAAAGACCUUUCGACUAUUUCGGAAGUUGGGGGGAUUCCAUAAUGAGGUGAAGGUUACUUUCAGUAAGCCGAAUCAAAUGAACGAUCAUCAUGUCGAUGUGGUAAAAACUAAAAUUUAUGAUGACAUGCGCCAUGAUAUUGGUGAGCUAAAGCAUACAAUGAUCUCGAUGAAGAGAAAAUCAUGACUUGGGAACAAAAGGCCAAUGCACCUGGGGAUGGGGUGGAGACACGUCAACAAAUUGGUGAGCUUAAGAAUGUAGUGUAUAAUUUACAUCAGGUGAUCAUGAACCACAUGGUGCAUCCAGAUCAAUUGGCCACUGCAAAUGGGCUUGAUUGUUUCAAUUCAGUGGUGGAAAAAAUGAAUGAUGAUGAGGGGGUGAAGGCUGCAAAUAAAAUAGGUGCGAAUGCAAGAACAAAGAUUGUCCACAAUCUCUUGUCAGAAAAAAAUAAGGCGGAAGAAAGUGACGGCCCAUCAAUAGAGUUUUUGGGCAUGAAGGAGCGGGCCCUAAAAAAGGGUAGAAAAGGUCAAGUAAUUAAAGAAAAAGAGGCCACGGAUUCACCUCCUGCUGAACAUAGUUUGCCAAUCUUAGGAAGUCAAAGAGGAAGAGGCCGAGGAGGAGCAGGAGGUCAUCGUGGAAGAGGUCGGGGGCAAACUAAAUCUAGCCUUAUGCAUGCUACUACUCAAUCAGUCGACAUGGGGGAUACAUCAUCAUGCAACGAUGACUAUGCUGCUCCAAUUACACGAUCAGAAGAGGAGAGAAGGCCUGCUCCAUGCUUUCGUUCACCUUAUUUUGCUGAUGGCGUCAAAAAAGUCCAAAAGUUGAACCAAGUCCAGACCACCAGCAUGCUUACUGAUGAUGAUGAUGAGGAUGUCGAAGUUGCAAAUAUGGGUAAAUUUCUAGAUAAUCUUCUUGGACCAUCGAAUGAACAAAUUAUUCCACAGAAGUCACCGUUGAUCGAAAAAACAAGUCCAUCUACGUUUCUAGCUUCAGAGGAAGAAGUGAUGGUGAAGUUCAUAUUCGAUGAGAAUUGCAUACAAGGGGAAUCUGUCAUUGCAAUGGGGCUUCAUUUUACGGAUUCGGUUGAAAUUGGUACUCGUCAGUAUAUGUGUUGUCUAAAACCCUAUGCCUGGAUAUGUACUACCGUCAUAAACCUGGUAGUUAUUCAACUGACAAAAAAACAAAGGACGAAGUACCUGGAUGGGAGGCAUAGGAUUUGGUACAUGUCGGAAUAUGCCUCGCAAAUGAUCAUUAAGAAUGAGAAAUACGAGGGAAACAAUGAACGUGUAGCAGGCUUAUUCUUCAAAAAUAAAGGAUACACUGGACCAAUUGAUGCUUGUGAAGAGAUUUAUAUACCGUUCAACCACAAUAAAGAUCACUGGUUGUGCUUGAAGAUUGAUAUGGUGCAACAGGCAGCCUAUCUAUUCGACUCGAAGCCAUCUCGAAGGUUUGGCGAAGACAGGAAAAAAAUGGGUGAACUACUGCUUGAAAACAUGCACGAGGUAUUGAAGCAUGCGUACGGGUUGGAUUAUGUCCAAGAUUUGAGCGUAUUUAAGGUGGACUGGCUCUCGGAACAACCCUUGCAAAUUGAUGAAGAUAAUUAUGACUAUGGGUAGUUUGUUAUAAAGUACAUGCAGAGCUCACCGUUGUUGCCUGGUUUCCAAAAGUUCAAUCCAAUUGAAAGGCGCAGGUUGCUGGUAGACUUGUUGAAAGAUGUGAAUAAUAGACAUUAUUUGGAGUUUAGAAUUCAGUUUGACAUGUAUAACAUGAGGGAUAGUAGAAUGCAGGCUAUACUUCAGGGUGACAAGGCUAGUAUGACUGGCAAUGCGGCUAAAAAGUGUGUUCCUUUCCGCAAGAGGGGUAAAAAGUAGGGGUUGAGAAUGCUCUUCGUCAAGCAAUUUUCAUUUUAGUUUUCAAUCUGCUAGGGAGUUCUAAUGUUUCACUUUUCUUGAGCUACAUGGUUACGACUUUGUAGAUACGUGACAUGUAUGUUUUCCCUCUUUCUUAACUAUUUUGUAGGGGUGAGUCAACAAUUGUUAAGUGUGG